AUGGCCUUCCUGCAGACCUUGACCAAGAGCUUCUCAGGAUGGGUCAUCUUCUGCUGCUGUUGCUGUCUCCCUCUUCUUCUCACCAGCCCUGUGCCUCUGAAAGGGGCAGGAUUGGCUUCUCCUGCCCAUCAUGCCUGCAGGCUGAGGCAGAUCAACUUCCAGCAGCCGUACAUCAGGAAUCGCACCUACACCUUGGCUAAAAUGGCCAGGGUCUUGGACCAGGACACGGACAACAGGCUCAUUGGGCAACAGCUCUAUCUUAACAUCAAGGAAAACAACCGCUGCUAUAUGAUGAAGAGGAUUGUCGAGAUUGUAGUGAAAGAUGUCCUCCUCACCGAGGCCAAGGACCAGUACCCAUACGUUGAGGAGGUGGCACAGUUCUUGGCAUCCCUGACCUCGGAGCUGAGCAGAUGUAAAUUCUCAGGACACAGAGAGCACAUUGAAAAGAACCUGGAAGAAAUGAAGAGCAAAAUGAAACAGUUGGGAGAGAAUGGAAAGACUAAAGCCAUUGGAGAACUGGAUUUACUGUUUGACUACAUAGAAAAUGCCUGUACUGAUGCCCCAAAGAAGGGAGGGAACAAGAAGAAAAACUGA